UAUUGGCUGUGGGUGAGGUGGGCGGGUCGCCGAGGAGUCUGAGGAAGAGGGCGGUGGCGGUUGUGGUAGCUGAGCGGAGCCCAGUGACAGGAUGGCUGGGCACAGAUUGGUGUUGGUAUUAGGAGACCUGCACAUCCCACACCGGUGCAACAGUUUGCCGGCGAAGUUCAAAAAACUGCUGGUGCCAGGGAAGAUUCAGCACAUACUCUGCACCGGGAACCUUUGCACCAAAGAGAGCUAUGACUAUCUCAAGACUCUGGCCGGAGACGUUCACAUCGUGAGAGGAGACUUCGACGAGAAUCUGAAUUAUCCGGAACAGAAAGUUGUGACUGUCGGGCAGUUCAAAAUUGGCUUGAUCCAUGGACAUCAGGUUAUUCCCUGGGGAGAUAUGGCCAGCUUGGCCCUGUUGCAGCGGCAGUUCGAUGUGGACAUUCUUAUCUCAGGACACACACACAAAUUUGAGGCAUUUGAGCAUGAAAAUAAAUUCUACAUUAACCCAGGUUCUGCCACUGGAGCGUAUAAUGCCUUGGAAACAAACAUUAUUCCUUCAUUUGUGUUGAUGGAUAUCCAGGCUUCUACAGUUGUCACUUACGUGUAUCAGCUAAUUGGAGAUGAUGUGAAAGUAGAACGAAUCGAAUACAAAAAAUCUUAAAGCCCGGCCUGUCUUGAUUUUUGUUUUUUUCUUUUUUUAAUUCCCCUGUUCAAAUCAAGUAAUUAAACAUUUAAGAGCCACAAAAUUGUAUCGCUUUUAUAAUAUUUUGCAGUAAAAUACAUCGUCUUCUGUUAAUACAAUGUUCUAAGCUUCUUGUAAACUAUUAAGAAUUUAUUUAGUUUAAGUAUAUGAUUUCUAUGAAAAAAUGUCCACCACACAGUAAAUGGUCACAUAUUAAGAAAAAUUUACCCUUGUAAAUAUCUUCAAAGUUGAUAUUUAGGACUUUAUUAUAAAAGUAGUGCAUGAGGAAAAAAUCUGGACUUUCUUGUACACAUUUUUCUCUUCUCCAGUAAUAAAGCUACCUUUCAUUUACA